GGUGCAAGGACGAAUAAGCAAAAGCUGAUGCCAAGCCACGUGGGUAAUUCUCAGCCGUUCGAUUACCAUGCAAAGGUCACGAUUACUUCCUUGUUGAUGAGAUUUUAUUGCCCAACUGUAAGAGAACUGUAGAAAAGAAGUGGCAAUAUUUUCUGUUCCAAGAAAAAUAUUAGUGUGAGAAACAGAAAGUGAAUUAGUGUGUGUGAGAGAAAAUUUAAGAGAGAGACAAGAAAGAUGGUACUACUGUUGUAUAAGUCUUAAAUUGAAGGAAGAGGUAAAGCAGUAGUGCAGUGGCCAUGGCGGCGUAGCAGAGCUGUGAAUUUAAUGCAAACCAUAAAAGAGAAGUUCAACCAUUUUCUUUUCCUUUCGUUUUCCUAAAUAUAUUGUCCUACAUAAUUUUUCCUCAAAAGCUGCAAAGUUUUAACCAUAACCCCAAAAAAAUCCAUUUACUUUGUCUUCCUCCCCCUAGUUAUUCUCCUAUUUUUAACUAGGUUGAAGAGGGUAUGAAUAUGCUGUCAAAAUUAAGGAUAGACAUAGAAGCUAGUAGUAAAAAAUGUCUGGUUUUUUUACACUAGGUGGUGGAGGUGGAGGUGGAGGUGGAAAUAAAGAACAACAACAACAAGAACAAGAUCAAUUAGCUACGAAUAGUUUUCUUUUAUUCAAGAACGAAGAGAUCUACAACAAGGGUUUUGAAUUAUGGCAACAGUACUAUCAGUUGCAUCAACAAAGAGCACAAACCCCACAACAUCAAGUGCAAGAGAUGGAUUUCUCAGUUGGUGUGGGACCCAGUAACAACAGAAGAAUUAUCAGUGGUAGUAGUAGUAGUAGUGGAAAUAACAAUAUUGUCGGUGAUGAUAAUAAACAUAAUUAUAGUAAUUCUUUUAGGGUUAUGAGACCAACAGGGGGAAGUAGUAGUGGUGGAGUUGGGGGUAUGAAUUGUCAAGAUUGUGGUAAUCAAGCUAAGAAAGAUUGUCCACAUUUGAGAUGUCGAACUUGUUGUAAGAGCAGAGGAUUUCAGUGUCAAACUCACGUUAAAAGUACUUGGGUUCCUGCUGCUAAAAGACGUGAAAGACAACAACAACUUGCUGCUUUGCAACAACAACAUAAUCAACAACAACAACAAACUCAGCAGUUGUGUUUGAGAGCUGAUUCUAAUAUUAUCCCCAAAAGGCCAAGAGAAAACCCUAGCUCUUCUCUUGCUUGUACUCGUUUGCCAACCAUCUCGUCGUCAGGGUUAGAGCUAGGUGGUCAAUUUCCAGCAGAAGUGAGUUCUCAAGCAGUAUUUCGCUGCGUAAAAGUUAGUGCAAUUGACGAUGCAGAAGAUCAAUUUGCUUAUCAUACGGCUGUUAAUAUUGGAGGCCAUUUAUUCAAAGGAAUUUUAUAUGAUCAAGGGCCAGAGGGUCGAUAUAGUGGUGGUGGUGGUGGUGGAGAGAGUUCAUCAGGUAGUGGCGCAGCUCAACAAGCGCUGAAUUUUAUCACCGGCGCCACCACUUCCACCACCGCAACUGCCGCCACGAGUCACCAGCAACAACAUGGUACAAUGUUCGACCCUUCGGUAUUUCCAACUCCUAUUAAUGCUUUCAUGGCCGGUACGCAAUUCUUUCCACAGCCAAGACCUUAAACAGAGGCGAAUUCAGCAUUUAAAUUUUAAUUAUGCCAUUUUGGCUUAGGGAAGGAUUAUUAGAGAGGCCAUAGAAUAAUCUAAUUCUUGAUUUUGUUUUAACUUCAUUGACAUCCAUUUAGUUAAUGGGAAGGAGAAACAGAAGUUCCAGUACUUCUCCUUGAAGUAAGACAUUGUUUUCUUAUAGGAUGUUAGUUUUCUGU